UCCAAUUUCCUUUUUUAUUAGAUUUUGAAGCUGUUUUUUUUGGCGAUGUUGUGUAAAUGAUGAAUUUAAAUACUUUAGGAGAAAACGAAAUGCCCAACAGCGCACAAACUAAGUCCUUAAAUUUAGUUUGUAGAGAUAGUCCCUCCCCGAAUUUACAAAGCCAGCUAGAAAGUUCUGCUCAAAAUUCUAUUAUUAGUAAUAACAAUGAAAUAGCACUUGAAAAUUAUAUUGAAGACAGUAAUCUUGGAGAAAAUAAUAAAGUUGAUUUGGAUCUUAUUAACAGCGGUAAACCUAAUCAUAAACUUGAGAAGAAUUAUUUCACGCAAACUAUACUUGAGAGCUCAGAAGAACCUGAACGAGAUGACUCUAAGAAAGCUGAGUUAAACGAUCAAGGAAUGGAUAAUGAAAUUAAAAGUGUCAUUAACGGUAAUGAGAAAGAUUCUGUUAUUAACAAGUUCACAAAUUAUUCUCCUAAGGUAUACAAUAUUGAACACAAACUUGACAAUUCUGAAUUUGUUAGUACUGACUACAACCCCCCACUUUCUUCAUAUAAAGAGCGUUAUUCUGGUAAUUACUCUGCCAGAGUUUAUCAGUACCAUGAAACUCAUGGCUCAACGGAGUUAACAGAAGAGGCUUCACGUCAGGUUUAUGGAGUUCCUCCACAAAUUUUAACCGGAGAAACUAUUACAAAAAGAGAUAAAGUAAGUCAACCUUAUGAUCACUGUCAGCACAGCAUGCGUUAUGAAGUGCCACAAAACUCUUCAUGCACAAGACCAGUUAUGUCUUCAUUGUCUUAUGCUUCUCGCGAAAGUUCGGGUUACGAGGAAAACAGGUCUCGUCCUGUUGAAAAAUACGAUGAAUAUACGGUUAAGCAACAUCGUACAAGACCUUCUCAUCAUGCUAACUUUCUUCUUUCUGUGAAUAGAAAUGCUAAUUCUUAUCAUGUUUUAAACGGUAAUAGAAUAAAAAAUAGUGAUGAUGGGUUUGUUAUAAGUCAGUUGCUUUCUAAAGAGGGAUCUACAAGUACUAGAAAACUUGCUGAUGGUAAUAAAAGGGGCAGAGUGGGUCGUCCUUCUAAACUUUGGUUAGGAGUUUGCUCGUCUAAUAACUCGUUAAUAAGUGUUCUUCCACCGAAGAGAAAAAUUAUUAUUGAAUCCGAUAAUCCCUAUUCAAAAGAAUCUAGCGUUAUUUGCGCUUCCGAGAGGGACAAUUUAGAAAAUUCGGGAAAAGUCAAGAGAAAAUACAGAAAAACUAAAGAUAAACGCGCUGCAGCCAAAAUUUCUCAAGAAUGUUUGGAAAAUAAUAAUCAGAAAAGUCCUAAGAGGAGAGAAUGUAGAAUAGAAGGAACAGAUUCCGAAACUGAUACUAAAAAAACUGAAAACUCUCAAGAAGACGAAGCUAACAAAGACUUCUGUUCUACUUCUCCUAUGCAACAAGCAAAGCAUAUAAAACACUAUUUGCAUAGUGAGUUUGAGGCAGAAACGGACCGUGCAAUAGAUGUUGGUCCUCGCAGGAAAUCUUUACGUUCUUUUAAAGAUGAAGACAGCCCCGUUCAAGGAAAGAAUAUUACGCAUGCUAGCUUGUUACCCUCUAUUGAUAGCAAUGGUCCUUAUUACAUUAUGUGGAUCUCCAAUGAGAGCGAAAUUGAUAUUAUGAAGGAGUUGGGGGCUGACGUUCAUGACCUUUUGAAACUUUAUGAAGUACAUGCGCCUCUUCUUUCCGCUUAUUGUCCUUACCGAAAUCUGUUAGACGAUGGAAAUGGAGCAGAGCAACUCGAUCAGCCUAAUGAUGCAGACUAUUCCAUUUACUUCACGAAAACUGCUAAAAAGUUUAAAGAAUGCAAAAGCAACGGAAACGUGAUUAUUAUUGUGUUUAACUUGUUGGAUGAAAAGGUUUCUGGCGCAAUGCUCUGCCGUUUGAUUGGCAAGCGCGGAUAUCCUCAAUAUGAACUUUGCGAAGUUAUAAUAUUCGAGUGCUUAAGUGCAAGCGCUUGA